UGCUAGCUUACCCUCUUAUACAGUAAUGGAUUACAAUUUUCCUGCUAUAGAUUUUGACAAUUUCACUGCUACUGGAAGUGUCAAUGGUCCAGUACUAGCUGCAGUAUUUGCUGUUGAAGCAGUGGUAGGUUUCAUUGCUAAUAUCAUUGUACUCUCCAUCACACUAUAUCAAAGAAAGUCCUUUAGACAACCGUCAACAAUAUUCUUCACUUCUCUCAUUUUAUCAAAUCUCUUGGAUGCAUUGGUAUACCUUCCAAUGACCACAGUUGCUACAGGAGCUGAAGAAUGGAUAUUUGGAAGCACCUUUGAGCAGAAAAAAGCAACUUGCGUGUUCUCUGGAAUUAUUUUUUGGUUUAUUCUUUAUGUCACUGCAGCAAUGCUAGCUGCUAUAUCAUUUGAUAAAUGUCUCUUUAUUGUUAAACCAUAUUUUUACAAGAGGUUCAUGAAACCAUGGGUAGCACUAAUAAUCACAGUUAUUCCAUGGAUGAUUACUACUCUUAUAAUGAUACUGCCACUAGUUGGUUUUGGAGAAUAUGGAUAUCAUUUUGCAUAUGGACCUUGUUACGCCACAUUUGAAAAAAAUAUGGUAUUUGUAAUAUUCCGUUUUGCGACACUGUUCAUCUUUAUCAUUGUGAUUAUAGUCACAUCAAUCUGGACAUUCUGUUUCACUCGUAGGUUUAUACGUGAUCAAUCAGCAAUAGCAGGGGAAAAUGUCUAUCACUUGAAGAAAAUGAAACUUUUUGGAAUAUUUGGAUCAAUGCUUCUUGCCUAUGGAACAUGCUAUGGAGCAUCUUUCACAAUAGGCAUUAUAAGUCUUACAGUUACAUUUUCUGAAGAAGUACAUGCUACAGGCGUGUUUAUACUUCAAUUGAAUAUCAUAGCAACACCAUUGAUCCAGUCAUACUUCAGACCAGACAUAGUGAAUUCUCUGAAAUCUUUCAAGAAUUCUGUCUACACUCAAAUGAAGAAGUUACAAUAUUCACCUCCAACUCCAAGUCCAACAUAAAUUUUAAAUUUCUCAUUGAGACUCAUUGCUAAAUUGAAUAUUUUUCAUGUUAUUGUCUAUAGUGAUGUAAAAUUUAGUACUAUUUCUUAGAAAUUUUUUGUUAACAAUUCAUAGGCCAAUAUGCAUCUUGUAUUAGUUGAA